GCAGGAGCAGUACAGCGUGAGGGUGAUGAAAGCUUAUACUUUGAGAAGGAGGAUCACAGGGCGAAGACUACUCAGCAAGCAGGAGCCGGGGAGAGCCCUGCUGUGCUGACCUCCGUGCUCCACCCUCCCGCCCCGUGAUUCCAGGCAGCUGAGAGGCAUGAGACAGCCAUGGCGUUCCAGGCAGCCGGAUCUGGGACACUGCAGCCCCGGAGUGUGCGACCCCUGGAGCCUCUGCUGCAUGGCUGGGGACCGGAGCCUGCUGCACAGAAAGGGUUCCUCGGCAACUUCUCUCUUCCCACUCCCCUGCAGGGGACAUUCAGGGCAGCUGGGAAUCCCCACCUCCAGGAGAGAGACGGUGCACAUCCAGCAGGAGCAGGGGGCAGCGGCUGCUUUCCUCACCGUCUCUCCUCUCCACCCCCCCGUGCCAUGGCAGGGGGCUGCCUGAACCCUGAGGGGCCCCAGGGCCUCAGCUUGAAAGACUUUGUCCCAUCCCACCUCCAGAAGAGGGAAUUCCUUCUUGCUGCCAGGAGCCCGGCAGCCCCCACGGCCACAUCCCCUCAGCCAUCCCCGUGGGUCCCGCUGCGACACAGAGGACCCAGGGUGCCCGUGAUCCGUAACUGCGGCUCCAACACCUUGAACUUUGAGUUCCACGACACGUCUCCCCGCACAGCGUGCAAUGGCACUGCCGAGCCUAGGAGAGCAGCCCCCAGGAGCUCAGUGAGCGACUGGUACCAGACCUGGCCUGCCAAAGCAACGAAGACGCUGAGUUCCCAGGCAGUGCCUGUUCCCCUCCCAGCUGAGUCGGCAAUGAGCCCCCUGGAGAACGGCCCCCCGCCUGUGCCCCGCGCAGCCCCCUGGUCUGCCACCUGGACCAAGGAUAGCAAGAGGAAGGACAAGCGAUGGGUGAAGUACGAUGGGAUCGGCCCGGUGGAUGAGACGGGGAUGCCGAUCGCAUCGCGAUCCAGCGUGGACAGGCCCCGGGACUGGUACCGGAGCAUGUUCCAGCAGAUCCACCGCAAGCUCCCAGAAUCGCAGCUGGACUGGGAUUUCCACCACUGCACGGAACCACGCCCUCCGGCGCUUGCACAAAAGGGCCCCACGCCAAGUGGCUCCUCUUACCUGCAGAAUGGCCUGGACUGGAGGGGCCAGGAGGCAGCCGACGAUGCCGCGAUGGAGCCCAGGAGCAUUUUCGACUACGAACCCGGGAAAUCGUCCGUCCUUGACCAUCCCAAUCCGGCUGCAGAGCCCCAGGCGGGACGUGCUGACAGCUGGUACCAAUUUCUGAAGGAGCUGGAGACGGGGAGCCUGCCUAAGAAGCCCCUGGCGCCGUUUCCUGCAGAGCCUCCCCCGCCGUCCCAGCCGAUCGAGGUGUUACUGGAGAGAGAGCUGCAGCAGCUUAGCGAGGAGUUGGACAAGGACAUGAAAGCCCUGGAGACACAUCGGCACCCCUGCAAGACUUCCUCGGCGGCUCCCUGCGCUUGCUCCCCUUGCCCAGCCUCUGUCGCCCGCAGCCUGCCGUCUGCCUGCUGUUCCCAUCCUGCCUUGGGGCAGAGCCCCCCCGCUGCCCGACACCGCCCGCCUGCCAGCCCUAGCAUGGAGAGAGGGGGCCUGGGCCUGGCCACGAGCGAUUGGAGCAGGUCUCCCCCCAGGACAGAUCCCCCAGGCCACCCUGGGAAAAGCCCCUUGGCUGAUGAAAGUGAGCCCAUAGAGGCGGUGGAUGGACCAGUGAGGAGAGAGGACAAGAAGAUGAAAGCUGCUCGCGUCAAGUUUGACUUCCAGGCCGAGUCCCCAAAGGAGCUGACCAUGCAGAAGGGAGACAUCGUCUAUAUCCACAAGGAGGUGGACAGGAACUGGCUGGAAGGAGAGCACUAUGGGAGGGUGGGCAUAUUCCCCUCCAACUACGUGGAGAUCCUGCCUCCCACCGAAGUGCCCAAGCCCAUCAAGCCACCCACCAUCCAGGUGCUGGAGUACGGAGACGCCCUGGCUCAGUACAACUUCAAAGGGGACCUGGCGGUGGAGCUGUCCUUCCGCAAGGGCGAGCGCAUCUGUCUGGUCCGCAAGGUGGAUGAGAACUGGUAUGAGGGACGGAUCUCUGGCACCAGCCGCCAGGGCAUCUUCCCGGCCAACUACGUGCAAGUGGUGAAGGAGCCGCGGGUCAAGGCCUCAGAGGAGUUCCCUUCCUCCCCAAACUUGACUGCCCCUGCCUCCCCAUGGCUGCUGGCACACGCAGGCUCACCAGCCCAGCUGCACUCGCCCGGUAGCCAGCGUUCCGACCCCUCGUCCUCCUUCCUGGCGGGCUCUCCCACUGCCCAACGGCGCGGCACGGAGGGGGGCGCCCUGUCGUCCUCGCCGCGCCAUUUUGGCUUCACCUUCCCCGCCUCCCCCAAGCUGCAGCACGCCGGAGUCUCAUCCAGCGUCCUGCAGGGGCCCCAGAGCCCCCAGCUGGCCCCCAGCACCACCUUGCUCUCCCCCCUGAGUCUGAGCCCGAGCCCGCAGCCUCCGGCCCCCUCCCGGCCACAGGAGACUCCACCCGCUGCUGCGCCCUCCUCGCUCCCUGGGCAGAGCUCCACCCUUGAAGCCCCAGUACCUGCCGGCUGCCAUCUGGGUGGUGCUGGGCACCUCCCCAAGGCCCCCCCAUCUGACAACGGCUCCAGCAUACAGUGGACCCCGUUCCGGGCCAUUUAUCAGUACAGACCCCAGAAUGAGGACGAGCUGGAGCUGCAUGAAGGGGACCGGGUGGACGUCAUGCAGCAGUGUGACGACGGCUGGUUUGUGGGUGUGUCCAGGAGAACCCAGAAAUUCGGCACCUUCCCUGGCAAUUACGUUGCCCCUGUGUAA